AUGAAAUGGUGUUUGAAGGUUUUGUUCUAUCACUGUCUCCUAAACAGCGAUCUGGCAGCCCGCAACUGUCUAGUGGGCGAUCAGUACACCAUCAAGGUGGCCGACUUCGGCUUGGCGCGCUAUAUGCAACUGCAUGAGGACACAUACACCGCCCGUAAUGGGGCCAAAUUCCCCAUCAAGUGGACUGCCCCCGAGGGACUUGCCUAUUUCCGCUUCUCCUCCAAUCGCACGAAGUUCGUCUCUAGAAGGCUUGCUUACCAGCCAUCCAUGGGCAAAGAUACUGCCGAUUUUGGUAAAGAUUCACUGCAUUCUCAAAGGCCGACAGAACCCUCAGAAAUUAUCACCGGUACCGUGGCCUCAGCCAGAGUAGCCAUGGUCGCCAUUUCACCUCAACUUCGCUGGACCAAUGAAUGGUCUGAUGUGUGGGCAUUUGGGGUUGUGCUUUGGGAACUGGCCACCUACGGUCUCUCUCCCUAUCCUGGUGUGGAACUGCACGGUGUCUACCAACUUCUGGAAAAGGGUUACCGCAUGCAACGUCCUCAUGGCUGUCCUGAGUCCGUUUACAGCAUUAUGCUGCGAUGCUGGUCCUGGGAGGCAGCGGAUCGUCCAACGUUUUUGUCGAUUAAGGCGGAAUUGGAGGAAAUGUGGCGAACUAUCGAUAUGGCAGAGGCUGUAGCUCAAGAGCUGGCCACUCCGCCAGCAGCCCAAACCACAGACCACAUGCAAUUCAUCACUGCCACCUCUACCACCGCCACCGCUACCACCACCAUUACCACCGCAGUCGGUGUUGGCCCUGGUAUCGACGGCGGGGGCGAAGCGAUGAUGUCUCCUGUCCCCGUUUCCAUGAUUGUGCGUAUGCCAUCAUACCAACAGGAUGAUGACGAGGCCGCAGAAAACCCUUCCUCUCCCUCACAAUCCGCCACCUCCUGCACCUCUUCCUCUUCUGCGGCUGCCUCUUCCUCCGGUGCUGCUGAAACUGAUGGUCAGGAGGGCGAUGAUGAAGGCGAGGAGGACUUGCGUCUCAAAUCACUUGUUGAUAAGGGCGCGUUGUGCUCAACAGCCAAUUGGAUCACAACGCGGACCUCUGACAGUCUCUACCAGGGCGACUACAUAGUCAGUGGUGGUGGUGGUGGAGGCGGUGGCGUUGUCCGGGCGACACCCGCCUCUGAUUUACCCUUCGCCACGCACAAAUCUACCACCUGCGAUAGCCAGCUCUCCGCUCCCGCCUCCCUGCCUCCUCUCCACCAUCUCCAGCAGUUCCAACACCAUCGCAAUAGAGCCAACAAUCACAGCCAUCACUACCACCGUCAUUAUCAGCACCAGCUUCAGCACUUAGAAACUGGACGAAGCAUGCCUAGACGUCGAAGCGGACCUAAUCAUUCGGCCGGCCAGUUCGAGGAAGGUUCCCUGCGGUGUCCGGUGCGACCGAGGGAGAAGAACAUAACACCAGCAGAGAGCGGUGUGGGUGAGUCGAUAGUCUCAGCGGACUCGCCGGGCGGGAAUAGCAACGCAAGGCAACAAGAGGAGGGGGCAGUGGUAAUGGCUCCACAGCGGAGUAAUCACAAGGCGGCUGCAGUGGUAGCAGUAGCAGUUGAAGCGAACAAUUGUUGUGUGACGCCUACGAGGGAUAUGAUAUCAGAAGUGGCCCCUGAUGAAAGGCGUAUGCGGCUCGAUGUCGAGUCAGUGACACAAUUCACUACCCUGCCAGCACAGGACCGCAUCACACGGUACUUGGAGAGUCUGGGCGAGCUCGGUGACUUGUCGGAAGAGAAGACCCCAAAGGCCAAGGGUGGUGCACAUCCACCCCACCCCCCUCUUCUGUCCCAUUUCCCUCCCCCUCCGCCAGUACCCCCACCACCACAGCCCGCACAGCAUCUUCGCAACUCCCGAAUGCUGCCCACUGAGCAUCGACGAAAUGCCGUGGGACGCUCUGCCUCAUGUUACCAGACUGUGCCCAGCGCGCAGCUGCUGCUGCCACCCGCCACGACCACCACCAACGGUUCGGUGGAGACGCAAGAGAGCCUUCCAACCACCUCCACUCCUAGCCCCGCGGUGGGUGAGACUGUCACACCCACCGACGAUGUCUAUCAGGCACCAAAUCUAGCGCAGGAUAGCAGCAUUGGCGGUAAUGGGGGUGUGAAGGCAGCGCCAACCGCGGAAGUGUCGUCUGAAGUAGAGCAAGCGGAGCUGACCGCCUGCCUGAAUACCCUCUCGCUGGAGGCCACUGAACUCUCCACCGCCUGUCCUCAACUCGCCGCCGAGUUGUCUGCCCUCUCGCUGCAACUCUCGGCCUGUCGCGGGAAGAUCGAAGCGCGCUUACGUGCCUCCGCCAACGGAGUCGGUGGCAGUGCAGAGGAGAAUCACUGCUUGGCAGGCGUUGCGCAAGCUUUGCGGCACAUUCAACAAGCACUCGCAGAGAUGCGCGCGCGAGUGGAAGAGGCACAAACUCCCACCCCUCCCCUGCCGGCCCCCUCUGCUACAGCCCCUGCUGCCACAAACGCCAAUGCUACUACCGUCUCUACCUAG